AUGACUUCCGUAUCUGACUCAGUGAUCUUCCGCAAAAUACUCUCGACAGAGGAAAGCGCUGCAGUCUGGUCCGAUAAGACUCGAACCAGCUACUACCUCAGUUUCGAGGCAGCGCUGGCCAAGGUCCAGGCAGAACUCGGUAUAAUUCCUCAUAAAGCGGCAGAUGAGAUCGGCAAGCACUGCCGACUGGAAGAGUUUGACUUUGAGGAGUUAGAGAAACAGACAGUAACGAUAGGGUACCCUGUUCUACCGGCAGUCCAACAGCUGGUCAAGAAUGUCAAUGAUGUUGAGGCUGGUCUUGGAGAAUGGGCCCAUUGGGGAGCUACAACUCAAGAUGUCACCGACACGGCCACAAUUCUCCAGCUCCGCGACACGCUCAAGAUUGUCGACUCUGAUCUCACUACUAUAAUUCUGAGUCUGGAGGACCUAUGUCAGAGAUAUCGGGAAACGCCGAUGGCCGCACGAUCAAACCUUCAACAAGCGGUACCGAUGACCUUCGGGUUCAAGCUUGCCCGCCUCCUGGCCACGUUCAAGCGCCACGAAGCACGCUUGAGGGAGCUGUACCCGCGUCUCUUAGUCCUAGAGUUCAGCGGCGCCGCCGGGACACUCGCAACGCUAUGUUCUCACGGCCACGACAAAGCUUUGGACUGCCAGGAACUCCUCGCGGCGGAACUCGGUCUUGAAGUACCUGACAUUGCUUGGCACACCGAACGUGACCGCAUCGCCGAAGUUGGAAACCUUUUCGCCAUGCUGACUGCCACCUGCGCCAAGUUCGCAUUCGAUGUAAAGCUCCUCAUGCAGACGGAGGUCGGCGAGGUUUCGGAGCCGUACAAGCCGCAUCGUGGCUCGUCUUCGACCAUGCCACAGAAGCGCAAUCCCAUCGGCUGCGCCUACAUCACGGCCAUGGCGGCUACUGUGCGGCAGCUCGCCGCCAGCCUUGUGGAGGCGAUGGUGGAGGAUCACGAGCGCUCGACUGGGCCCUGGGAGAUUGAGUGGAUCGUGCUGCCGCAGAUUUGCACGCUUACGUGUGCAACCUUGAAGCAUGCGGCGGAACUGCUGGCGGGACUGGAAGUGCACCCAGACGCUAUGGCGAAGAACCUUGAAAUCACCAAGGGCACGAUCGUAAGCGAGGCGGUGAUGAUGGGGUUGGGGAAAAAGAUAGGCAGGCAGUACGCGCAUGAUCUAGUGUACGAUCUCUGUCGUCGAGCGCAGAUGGAAGGAAGACCUUUACUGGACCUGCUGGUUGAGUGCGAGGAGGUGAAGCUUGAAAGAGAAGAGUUGGAAAAGCUGUGUGAUCCUGCAAACUAUCUGGGGUUGAGUGUCGAGAUGGUGGACAGGGUGCUCCGGGCGUAA